AUGGCGUCCUCGUCUUCAUCUCGCCGUGUUUUGCCAUCUCGCGCCACCACUCCUCGCCGUUCCUCCUCUCGUCGUCGCACCUCCGUUCCCAAAUUGGUCCUUCGUGAUGACUCGCCUGCUCCGGGUUCGUCGUCUCCGCCUCCGGUUGUUCCACCGCCGUCCGAACCCAUGGAUCUGGGUGAUAGUGAUGCUACAGCGUCUGCAGAUGUACCCGAAGAUGAUGUAUGUCCUCCCACAUUCGAUAUUGCUGCCGGAUGUCCUUUUGCUGGUGUUUCUUGUCUCUCCUUUCCAGCUCGUUGUGCUUCCAACCGCUUGCUUGUUGCUGCUUGCGACCGCCAUCACCCCAUCUUGACAAGACCGACAAAGCGCGCUCACAAUCUUCGGUUUGCCUCGCCUCAAGCUGUUCGCCGUUACCGGAAUUUUGAUGGGAGAAAGAUUAUUGCUCAAAAAAUACUUCCCUUGGGUGUAUCUUCCAUGUAUGAGGCUCAGCAGUUGAUUGACAAGGCUGGAUUGCUUCGCACUGUGCGAGAUGUGGAACCGUUUAAUAUCCAAGUGGUGUAUGAGUUCUAUGCCAACCUUGCUGAUUUGGAUAUUCGCAAAAAUGGGUUCACACAAGUGUAUCUUCGUGGUAUGAUGUUUGAAUUCUCACCCUCUCUUAUCAAUCGCAUGUUUGAUAUUGAUAUUACUGCUGUGGAUCCCAAGAAGCCUCUUGUUUGUGUCGAUGUCUCUAUGAAUGAGAUUGCUGAUCUGUUGUCUGCUGGGAAUGUUAAACGGUGGAAAUAUUUGACCACCUCUCGUUUUGACAAGCCAAUGAUCAUGUUGCAGAAGAUUAGUUGCUUUAAUUGGUCUCCUACCACCAACAAGAACUCUCUGCAGCAUGAGAGGUCUAAGUUGCUUUACAUGAUUGCCACCGGUCAACCCUUCAACUUUGGUCAGUUUGUCUAUGAUCACGUUCGCUUGAUUGGUGGUAACUCAGGACCCAGCAGCGCACGUCUUCCGUUUUCGAAUCUGAUUUAUCAACUCUUAUGCUUCCAACGUGAGGUUCCUGUGUAUCCCACUGAUAAGUUCUCUGUUGAUCCUAAAGACUUUGCUCUCGAUCCUAAAAACUUCUCUCAGUUGGACACUCCGCUCAACAUCACACCUCGUAUGGAGCUUGCAGAUGAUUUGUCUGAUGUCAUUGAACCCCUCCUCAAGAUGAAGGCACGCCUUGCAGGGGGAGAAUACGAUGAUCCGGUUGAUUCUGACGCUGAUGAUGAUGGCGAUGAUGCUAUUGUUGCAUCCGAUGGAGAGAAUGAUGCUGCCAAUGGUGAUGGUGAGGAUGAUGAGUCCGAUGGUGAUGGUGAUGAUGAUGCAGUCGAAUCUGAUGGAGGUGGUGAAGCAAGUGAGGGGGAGAGUUAG